AUGUCAUCUAACCGGUUUCAAAACUUGCAAAACUGGACCAAUAAGCAUGUGUUCAGUAACUCGUUGGAUUACUGGAAUCAGGAAAUGCACGAUGUUCCAUCUUAUCAGAAUCAACAAACAUCGGGAGAAGGAUCCAAUCAACGUCCGGAUCACCUUGAAAUCAUUCAAGAGAUCGCAAUUUCUGAACAACCUCUACCUGAUGAUGUUCCAAAACAACAAGAACCUGUCGAUGAUGGACAUGGAGCAUCCUCCGAACCGAUAUCAGCUCUUCAGGCUGCGUGGAAUGUUACCAAUGCGAUUCAAGGAAUGUUUAUAGUCGGACUCCCAAUUGCUGUCAAGGUUGGCGGUUGGUGGUCUAUUGGAGCCAUGAUCGGAGUUGCAUAUGUCUGUUACUGGACAGGAGUACUUCUCAUCGAAUGUCUCUAUGAGGAUGGAGUCAAAAAACGUAAAACGUAUCGUGAAAUUGCGGAUUUCUAUAAACCAGGAUUUGGUAAAUGGGUUCUCGCUGCCCAGCUCACCGAACUUCUAUCCACUUGUAUUAUCUAUCUGGUCUUAGCUGCUGAUCUCUUACAGAGCUGCUUUCCGAGUGUCGAUAAGCCAGGGUGGAUGAUGAUCGUUUCGGCAUCUUUUCUGACUUGCUCAUUUCUGGAUGAUCUUCAAAUAGUGUCUCGUUUGUCUUUCUUCAAUGCCAUCUCUCAUUUGGUUGUUAAUUUGAUUAUGAUGAUUUACUGUCUGUCAUUCGUAUCUCAAUGGUCAUUCUCCUCUAUCACUUUUGCUUUGAACAUCAACACUCUUCCCACUAUUGUCGGAAUGGUUGUUUUCGGAUACACAUCUCACAUCUUCCUCCCGAACCUUGAAAGAAAUAUGAAGAACCCAUCUGAAUUCAAUAUGAUGCUCAAAUGGUCUCACAUCGCCGCUGCAAUAUUCAAAGUUGUUUUCGGAAUGCUCGGUUUUCUUACUUUUGGAGAGCUCACACAACAGGAAAUUUCAAAUUCCCUUCCAAACCAAUCUUUCAAGAUAUUAGUCAACUUGAUUCUUGUCGUGAAGGCUCUUCUCUCUUAUCCUCUUCCAUUCUAUGCUGCAGUACAAUUGCUAAAGAACAAUUUGUUCAUGGGAUACCCUCAGACACCAUUUACGAGCUGCUAUUCUCCAGAUAAAUCACUUCGAGAAUGGGCUGUCACUUUACGAAUUAUUUUGGUUCUCUUCACACUUUUCGUCGCAUUAUCCGUCCCGUAUUUGGUGGAAUUGAUGGGAUUGGUAGGAAAUAUUACAGGAACUAUGCUGUCCUUCAUCUGGCCAGCUCUGUUCCAUCUUCACAUCAGACAAAAAGCACUGAACAAUUUCGAUAAACGUUUCGACCAAGGAAUCAUCAUAAUGGGAUGCAGUGUUUGCCUUUCUGGAGUCUAUUUCUCAUCGAUGGAACUUCUUCGAGCUAUUAAUUCUGCUGAUUCCUAA